GCAGAAAUAAGUUAUUCUUCUUUUCGGUUCAUAUAAAUAGGUCCAGAAACUCGAGAUCUGGCAUCAGUAUCUCUAUCGAUCUUCUGACAAAAUCAUCGACAUGGCUUUCAAACUCCUCUCAGUCUUGGCCUUGGUGGCUGUAGCUAACGCUGCUGUAAUUCCUGACGUUCACCUUGUGUCUGAAGAGGCACCAGCCCAUUACAAAUUUGGCUAUUCAGUUAACGACCCCUUGACUGGCGAUAGCAAGCACCAGGAGGAAACCCGUGAAGGUGAUGUUGUCCAAGGUAGCUACUCCUUGGUAGAAGCUGACGGUACCAAACGUGUUGUUGAAUACACUGCCGAUGCCGUGAACGGAUUCAACGCUGUUGUACACAAAGAACCCGCUGUAGUUGCUCCUGCUGCUCACCAUGUGGUUGCCACUCCUGCUGUGCACCACGUUUCUACAGCUCCAGUGGCCCACCACGUUGUAGCUACCCCAGUUGCUCACCAUGUUGCUACCGCACCCCUUGUUUCCACCAGAGUAGCCACUCUUCCAUCAGUUGCCAGCUACUCCGGAUUGUACUCUCCAUACCACUCUUACAGCCACCCUGUAUAUUCCCCCUACCACCACGUCAACAACUACGUGUUCUAAGAUGUAAAUAAAUUGAUUAAUUGUUGAUUCGGCUUGUGAAGAAUGUUAUGAUUUAGUUGAAUAAAUCCUUUAAAUUCAAAACGAA